GCCACCAGUUCUGCCUGACUCCAGAGCCUCUGCCUCUAGGCAUGGCGCUGUCCCGAGCCCUUGCUGUCCUGAGCCUCCUUCCUCUGCUGGCGGCCCAGAGCCCCGAGUGUGGCAACCUCAACCUCACGGCGACGCCUAUCACCAAUACCACCCUGGACCAGCUCUCCGGCAAGUGGUUUUACAUCGCCUCGGCCUUCCGCAACCCGGAGUUCAACCAGUCGGCUAGAACGAUCCAGGCGGCCUUCUUUUACUUUCACAUCAACUCUACAGAGGACACCAUACUGCUCAGAGAGUACCUAACCAUAGGGAACCAGUGUGUCUAUAACGUCAGCAGCUUGGAUGUGCAUCGAGAGAAUGGGAGCCUGUCUAAACACGAGUUCGGCAAAGAGCAGUUUGGCUACUUCCUGCAAACCAAGGACCCCAAGACCUUCAUGCUUGCCUUCUCCCCAAAAGAUGAGCAGAACAUGGGGCUGUCUUUCUACACGGACAAGGCGCAAGCGACCCAGGAGCAAAUGAGAGAGUUUCAUGAGGCCAUCACGUGCAUGGGCAUGCAGAAGUCCGAAAUUGUGUACACGGACGAGAAACAGAAUGCCUGUGGGCCGUUGGAGAAGCAGCACAAGGAAGAAAAAGAAAAGCAGAAAGAAAGCGAGGGGUCCUCGGAUGACACUGCAUUGGGUUAGGAGAGCUUGGGGACUCGGGCCCACCCUCAGCCCCACGCCCACCGUUUAUACCUCAGGUCUUUGUCCCAGUGGCAUCAAUAAAGCCUCUGCACUUGAAGCAGA